CCUGACCACAUCGUUUUUGAUCACUCCAGUCCACAACAGCCCACUCCUAGCACUUGAAUCAGGCCUUGUCCGAAGUCUCUUGAGCUUGUGACACCAAAAGACGAGUCCCACAACGCCUCAUUUUUCAAUUUCAACCAUCGCCACCAUGUCGUCGGUCCAAGAGCUCCACUUUUCUUCCGAAGCCGCCUUCCGCGACGAGAUCACCCUCGACAAGUACAAGGACCGCUUGGUCGUUGUCGACUUUAGCGCCGUGUGGUGCCCACCGUGCCAGUACAUCAAACCCAUCUUCCGUGACUUUGCCAAGGACCUCCCGGAAGCAGCGUUCAUCGAAGUCGACGUCGACGAGAGCGACGAGCUGUCGGCGGCCGUCGGUAUCCGAGCGAUGCCGACGUUCCAGUUCUAUCGCAACGGCAAGAAGAUUGAUACGAUGACGGGCGCCGACCCCACGGGUCUCAAGCGGCUGCUCCAUCAGCACAAGUAAAGUCCCUCAAAUCUCGACAUCGUAAUUACCCAUCAAUUAAAAACUUGUCUAGCAUUUACCGAUA